CGCAGUGGCAUCCCCCGGGCAACCCAACGGAUCUGUCAGUGUCUGCGGCACCGAGCGACCCCCGGGGGGGAGGGAAGGGAAGGGGGCGCCGGGAUCAGACGGGAGGACGACGGGCGGACUGUGAAGAAGACGCAGGAGGAAGGCUCGGCGGUGUGCUGACAGGAGGGAGGGGUCUCCGGCUCCGCCUCCUUCUCCUCAGUGAGGGAGCCCCCGGCCCGGUGACAUGUAGGCCUCGGCGCUGGCCCGGGUCUGUGAGGUGAGAGGGGGCAGCGACCGGUGAUCAUUGCCCGGAGCCCAGAGAGAUGGUGGAUAUUGGCGUCUGUGCCUCUGGAGAAAGCACUAGAAGAAAAAUGGAUUCUUUUGCAGACUGUCCAGUGGAGGUGGUACCUCCAGACAUGUACGACUCCUUCAGGGCAAAAAUUGCUGCUAAUUUACAGUGGAUUUGUGCUAAAGCUUAUGGAAUAGACAAUGUUCCGGAGGAGCUGAAGGACCCCUUUUACAUAGAUCAGUAUGAGCAGGAGCACAUCAAGCCACCAGUCAUCAAGCUGCUACUCUCCAGUGAGCUGUACUGCCGCGCCUGUAGCCUGAUUCUCAAGGGGGACCAGGUGGCAGCAUUGCAGGGGCACCAGCCCGUGAUCGAGGCUUUGUCACAGAAAGGGAUUUACGUCAUGGAGAGCGAAGAUGUACCGGUGUCUGAAGGAGACCUCAGCUGCGCUCCGAUCAAAAUGAGUGCACACAUGUCUAUGAUCGAUGCGCUGAUGAUGGCGUAUACUGUAGAGAUGAUGAGCAUCGAAAAGGUUGUGUCCAGUGUCAAGCGGUUCUCAACAUUCAGUGCCUCCAAAGAGCUGCCGUACGAUCUUGAGGAUGCCAUGGUUUUCUGGAUCAAUAAGGUGAACAUGAAAAUGAGGGAAAUUCUGGAGAAAGAGCACAGGUUAAAACAGCAGAUAAUCGAGAGCCCAAGUCAUCAAAAGUCUCCUUCAAAAUGGUAUUGGAAGUUAGUACCUGUACGUUACCGCCGCGAUCACCCAUCAAAUAGACAGCUCCCCUUCUUCCCAUUGCUAGACGACCUAAUGAAAGACAUCAGCGAUGGCGCCGCCCUUCUGACGGUUAUACACUUCUACUGCCCAGAGCUGAUGAAGUUGGAUGACAUCUGUUUAAAGGAAGUGCCAUCCAUCGCUGACAGCCUGUACAACAUUCAGCUUCUGAAGGAGUUCUCCAGUGAAUACUUAAAUAAGUGUUUUUAUUUGACCUUGGAGGACAUGUUAUAUGCUUCAUUAGUUCUCAAGCCCAAUAUAAUGGUUUUCAUCGCUGAGCUAUUCUGGUGGUUUGAGAAUGUGAAGCCUGACUUUGUUCAGCCCAGAGAUACACAGGAAUCUAAAGAAGCGAAAGCCGUAUUGCCACAUAAAAACAGUCGCCCUCAGAUUCCUAUUUCCAAUGCAACAAAACGGAGCUUUAUGGCGAGCCCUGCAAGCACGACAGAAUCCCAUUCUUUGGCUCACAACAUGUCAGACUCCAGCAGAAAUUAUUUGCAACCUGAAGAAGUGGAGAAUGGGAAAGGAAGCGCCGCCUUCAGCCCAUCCCAUCCUCUGCUGCCCUUAAGGCAAAAGCAACAAAAGUCUGCACAGUCUGAUGAUAGCCCCAGUCACAGAGAUCGGUCUAAUUCAUUGACCCGUUCUGAUGUUCCUCCUCGAUCGUCUGUAAUGGCUUGGGCAGAGAAGAAGCCAAGGCCACUUUCUCAGCCUCCAUUUGCUCUGCACUGUGCUGAUGAUGUUGAUGCGACGUCUGGUGAUAGCAUUAGUCUUGCUCGCUCAAUAAGUAAGGACAGCCUGGCUUCAAAUAUUAUAAAUGCAACUCCCAAGAGCCAACCCGCAAAUCCUACUGUACACAUCACUUCAAGAAAUCUGCUGGGAAAUGUAGAUAUAGAAGAUGAGGAGGAGGAGGAACUUGUUGCAUAUAUCAAAGAAGGUGAAACUUCAAGUCAUGGAGAUCUUGAGCUGCAGAGCAUCUCCUCCCGGGCCUCUAGUCAGCCUGGCACAUCAAGAUCUUCAGGAAGGAUAUCUGCAGAUGUAGAUGGCAAGACGGAGAGUUUCUUUUUAGAGCCUUUAAUGCCUGCUGUUCUCAGACCAGCAAAAGAAAAGCAAACUGUUCCCAAAAGAGAGGAGUAUGGGGAAAUCAGACAGAAAGGCUUUGCGUCCAGACGGCAGAAUGAGGCGUCGCAUUCUUUUCCACGGAAGAAAAUAACCACUAUUCAUGCUGGACGGGAGCUGAACAGAACGUUUACCCCGGUCUGUAGUACGGACUUACCUGUUACGGAUUCUCCAAGAAUAGAUCCCCUGCAGCUGUCUUUGGAAAAUGGUAACGGCACAUUUAAGCCCCUUGUGACCAGCAGUGUUGAGCCAUCGGAGCAGCUUAGUGGUGGGUUUUUUCUUCAUGAUUCUAAAGCAGAACCUGUGGAGGAGGAAAAACCUGAACAGCUCCUUGUAGACGAAGAACAAGAUCCAGAAAGCACUUGGACAGUAUUAAGAAAUGACUCUGAUUCUGACAAUCUGGAUCUGGAGGAUUGUGAACCGGACUUGCCCCCUUCCCUCCCAGUGUGUAAAUACAUAGGUGAAGAAGAAUCUGCUAAAUUGCAGGAGGAUAUGAAGGUAAAGGAGAAUGACGACAAAGAUGAUGCCAGCGGGCGCUCUAGUCCGUGUCUGAGUACAAUCUCCCAGAUUAGCAGUGUCUCCAUGGCUAGUGGGAGUGUUCGAAUGACCAGCUUUGCAGAAAGAAAGUUUCAAAGACUGAAUAGUUAUGAGACAAAGUCAAGUACAAGCAGUUCACAAAAGACCACCCCAGACGGUUCCGAGUGCUGCCCUCCUCCCCUGACAACUUGGAAGCAGCGGAGAGAGCAGAGUCCGGGAAGGCAUAACAAAGACCAUACAAAUGUCCUUGCUUCUGAACUUGUGCAACUUCACAUGCAGUUGGAGGAGAAGCGGAGGGCUAUUGAGGCCCAGAAGAAGAAAAUGGAGUCGCUGUCUGCAAGGCAACGCUUAAAACUUGGCAAAGCUGCUUUCUUGCACGUUGUCAAAAAAGGAAAACCUGAAGGACCUUCUCAUCCUUUGAAGCCAGAACAUUUCCCUAAGGAUUACACUAAAGAGAACUUGGAGGAGACUGAUGCAGUAACUUCUAUGGCAGAAACGCACCUUGAAAAAACUGACAUGGGAAGUGAAGUUUCCAAAGAACCGAAGCUUCAGGAAGUCUUUGAGCAGAAGCCCAAGGAGCCAGAUUUAGGAGACCUGUGCCACGUCAUCACAGAUGUUACUCCCGAUGAGGCGGACUCUGAGAUAGAUGUCAAUGAGUGUAACCUUUCCAUUGAAAAGCUAAAUGAAACAAUCAGUACACUACAACAGGCUAUAAUGAAAAUUUCACAGCAACAAGAGCUGCUCAUGAAGGCACCCGGCUCUGUACUACCAGAUCUUAAAAAUAUCACCCAAGACCAUAAGUUAAAACCUCCUGUUCAGUUUAUGGAGCCCCUUUCUCCAACUGGAGCUGGGACCGGACCUCGUAAGAGAUUUGGUCAGGGUCGUAACUCCAGGCUAUCACGGGCGACGGAACAUAAAACCACCAGGGAAAAAACAUCACGUGUAAUCACACCCACCCACAGUAUAGAAACGUUACCCCAUUUAAAAACUGUUCCACCCCUGAGAUCGCCCUUCCCCCCUUCUGAUAUUGUGGAGAAUGGUGCAGAGCAAGUCAAUGGUCCCCAGGAUAUAUCCACUAGUAGUUUCCGGCUGCAUGAGGGGAAUAACCAGAGGACAUUUGUUCUAGCCACCUCCCAAGAUGCAAAUAUUCUUUCUGAACAGACGCAUAGAGACUCUGUAAAUGGCAUACGUGUGGGAUCUUCAGAGACGUCGGACAAAGAAAAUGUUUCCAUCGACGAUAGGUUGAAAAACAAAAGUAGCCUGAUUGAGGUCGAUCUCUCGGAACUGAAAGAUCCUGAGGAAGAGGACGGAGUAGAACAUUCUGAAAAGUCCACAGAUGUAACAGGCGAAGAUCAGAAGUCUGGUGUUGGGUUCUUCUUCAAGGCUUUGCAUGAUAACGGUCUGAAUAAACUCUUCCAGGAUGAGCAGAAAGCAGAGGAUGAGCUGGCUAAGAAGCGGGCAGCCUUUCUCCUGAAACAGCAGAAGAAAGCAGAAGAAGCUCGGCUCAGGAAGCAGCAGCUAGAAGCAGAGGUAGAGCUAAAGAGAGAUGAAGCUCGUCGCAAGGCUGAGGAAGAUCGUAUACGGAAGGAUGAAGAAAAGGCAAGAAGGGAAUUAAUAAAACAAGAAUAUCUUCGAAGGAAGCAACAACAAAUCUUAGAAGAGCAAGGAUUAGGAAGGCCCAAACCAAAGCCGAAACCUAAGAAAACUCGGCCUAAAUCUGUCCACAGAGAGGAAUCCUACAGUGACUCAGGAACUAAAUAUUCCUCUACACCGGAUAACCUGAGCAGCGCACAGUCUGGUUCUAGUCUCUCUUUAGCAUCUGGUGCAACUACAGAGGCUGAAAGUGUUAAUUCUGGUGGAACGCCCUCACACAGGGUGGACUCUGUGGAAACACUGUCUGUGACAAGCAGGCACCAAAGCAGAACCGCAGAACGGGAUUGGGAGAAUGCAUCCACCGCAUCUUCUGUUGCAUCUGUGGCAGAAUAUUCAGGUCCAAAACUUUAUAAAGAGCCCAGCAGCAAGUCAAACAAACCAAUAAUACACAAUGCUAUUGCCCACUGCUGCCUUGCUGGGAAGGUGAACGAAUCACAGAAGAACUCCACCUUGGAUGAACUAGAAAAGUGCGAUUCCAACCACUACAUCAUCCUGUUCCGUGACGCCGGUUGUCAGUUUCGAGCACUUUAUUCUUACUAUCCAGACUCUGAGGACAUCUGUAAACUGACUGGAACGGGCCCCAAAACCAUCACCAAGAAAAUGAUUGACAAACUUUACAAAUACAGUUCGGACAGAAAACAGUUUACUGUGAUCCCCGCCAAAACCAUGUCGGCCAGCGUCGACGCACUGACUAUCCAUAACCACUUGUGGCAAGCCAAGCGACCUGCAUUGCCAAAGAAGAAUCCGCUGUACAAGUGACACUCGGCUGAAAACACUGGUUUUAGAAGAAAAUGUUUACGCCUUUCCUGCAGUGGAUAUAAACAGUGCGGCACUUUGAAUGUUUUCUUUCUUUCUUUUUUUCCUCUUGAGUUUUAGUGUAUUUUUUUUUCUUUUUUUUUCUAAAAGGGAAGUUUUAAAACUCGUUUUACACAGACAAUGAGAAAUCGUUCUCCUUCCUUUUUCUUCUUUGCUGCAAGGCCCAUUUCAGAUUUCUUUACACCAAAACAGUGGAAUCAAAAGAAUUACUCAUUGACCAUUUAUUAUUUUGUCCCCCCCUUUUUUUUUUUUCUCCAUCAUCACCAUUUCCCUACAGGCAAUUGGGUGAUGUUUGCUGCGAAAAAAUCAGAACUGACUAAUUCUUCCCCAUGAGGAACAUAAUGCAUGUCGCAAAAUUAUUACCAAGUUGGUUUCUAUUUACUUGAGGCGCCCCUAAACUGCUGUAAAAUGAUGAAUCCUGGAAACAGGGAGGCAACUAAAAAUAAUAAUUUGCAGCAGUUGGAGGGAAAAUGAAAUAAAAAACAAAAAUAAAUUAUUGGAGCAAAAAUAAAACAUUGGAUUGAAGGAAAUGAAAUCUCCGAAAUGCAACUGUAUUUACUGCUAGAAUUAGUUUUUUCUUUUGUGCUGCUGAUGUUUGCGAAUAUUCCUUAAAGUUGAUCCUCUAGGAAAUGUUCACACUACCAACCAAUGGCUGUCCUGUAAUCCACAGUUUAUACUAUGAAAAGAUACAGUGAUACACACCUGAAAUAUUGAUUUUUGGAUGUAAUUUUUGUUUUGGGUUUUUUAAUUUUAUUAUUUUUAAUCUCCCCCCCCCCCCUCCCCCCCCAUCCCUUGAGGUACAGUGGUAUUAAAAUAUUUGCUCUAAAUGAUACAUCCCGCAAAGUGUAUUGGCAUAGACGUAGAUCAGUUCCACUCUGAGCACGGUACUUCUGUCUGUAUAGAAUAUAAUGGUGCACUUCUAUAUAAAAACAAAAAUAUGGAAAAAAAAAUCAAAAACCAGAAUCAGUCUUUCUUUUUAAUGGUUUUAUGAUCUGUUAAGAUUGCAAUCUUUGCUGUGUUCUCGAACAAGAAGCACACGGUAUAAACCAGAGCAUGUGUGCGGUGAUACAUGUUUUUUUUAUUUAAAAUUUGGAGUGACUUAUUUAUAUCUGGGAAGCUAUUUUUGAUUUUGUUUCUCCAUUAAAAAAGACAAAUUCCAGUUCUCAUGUUUUCAAAUCAAAAAUUGCAUUUAAAAAAAAAAUAUAUAUUAUUAUUUUUUGUUUUUUCCACGCUUACAAUUGGGACAGUUUGUUACAGCGCUCAGCUUGGACUUGAAGGAAAGCUCGACCUCCAUGGUUUUAUUAUUUCAUGCACUUUGGAUACAUUAUUUUUCUGUUUCACUAAACACGAUGUGAGCUCCUUUUUUUGUUAAGUUGUCGUUAUAAUUAAACAUAACACCGGAAAUAGUUAAAUAUAUUUUUUUGAGAGUAUUAUAUAUAUUUUCUUUUUCUGUUUGCACUCGUCUGAAGUAUUACUUGAAUUACUUUGGUACAAAAAAAAAAAAUUACUCAUAUUUGCUCUUAAAUCCGCCUGGUGUGGAACUACAGAUCCCAGCAUUACACUCUGGAUUUGUAGGUCCCUCAGUGUACGGCAAGACACUGCGUUGUUGUUAAAUGUCUUGGGAGCAGGUUUGGUUCAGCAGAUGUCUCCACCUUACGUGCCCCCACUCCCAGUUAUGCCCCUUCUUCCAUGUUGCUCGAGACUGCUGCAGUUCUGUAUAUAUUCGUUGUCGAUGUUUCUGUAUAUAACCGAAAGCUUUAUAAGUCUACAGUGCAUAAAGAGAAUUUGUUAUCAUGCUCCCCCCUCCUCUGCCUGUGAUCCCCAUCCCUUUCCCCCUUCACCAUGGUUAUUUAACUCAUAUUUAUUUUAUGAAAGCACUGAAAUUAAAUAAAAUUAAAUACUC